AUGGGAAUUUCUAAACUUUGCUGUCAUAAUUCGGAGUCAGGUUUAAACUCUCGAACGCCAUUCUUCCAACGCUUUGCCUGUGGAGUUGGUCACGUGAUGAAUGACAUCACUCGUCAGCUUCUGUUUUCGUUUCGUUUGGUUAUAUUUAUGCAAGUGUUUGGUCUCUCUGCUGCCAAUGCCGGCUGGUUGAUGCUUUACGGACUUAUCAGUGUUGCAGUAUCUUCAGCAAUCUGCUCGUUCCUGAUUGACAACUUCAAAAUUCCAUAUUUGUCCAAGACGCUUGGAAAAAGGAAGGCCUGGCAUUUAAUUGGUACUGUGUUGGGUGCAAUCGUCAUUCCAUUCUACUUCAGCUCCUGCUUUCUCUGUCAGAGCGAUCAAGGGCAAUGGCAACUGAUGAUAUACAUCCCAGUUCUUAAUACAAUGUUGUCAUUUUCAUUCGGCUUGAUGGAAAUUAGCCAUCUUUCGAUUAUUCCUGCCAUCGCUAAAGAUCAAAGCGAAGCUGUUGAAUUGAACGCAUGGAGGUACAUUGGCAUUUUUUUUUCUAUUUUGGGUUUUCUUUUGCAUUGAGUUGAUUUUAAGUCAAGUUGCAUGUUCGAAAAUGUUCCAGGUGAACUGAGGAGACAUGUCAGUCGGAAUUCUAUGAUUUUAUUCGUUUUCUUAAAGGACUGCUUUUUCCUUCUUGAGUGGCAUUGUGACCUUCAUCGUGGCAUGGUUGAUAAUAGGACAAGAUAGCAGCGACCAUAUAUCGGCAGAGAACUCGAUGGAUUUUACGGUAUGAAUACUUGGAAUACUACUUAAACAAUAUAAAUAUAUAUUGCACGCACGAAAGCACGUCUUUUCUCCUUUAAAUUUCAGGUUUUGACUUUAAUUCUGAUUGGAAUAAGUCUACUAUUUGCUGUAAUCUUUCACGUUGGAACCAAAGAACCUUCUGAAGAAAGUGUUGAAAAACUAUCCAAAAACGAACCGGUAAGAUUUGGUAAAUGUUUACGUUACCAAGACCACCCUUAAUAAACAUCCGGAACCAGCAGAUAUUAAACUAGUAAUAAUAAUAAUAAUAAUAAUAAUAAUAAUAAUAAUAAUAAUAAUAAUAAUAAUAAUAAUAAUUCAAACCUAUUUAUACAGGAUUGCUGCAUUAGUUUUAAGAAAAAACUGCUAUCAAUGCAGGUCCUGUAAUAACCAAAGCCGGGUUAGGGAGUGCAGGCGACAACGAUCGAAGGUCCAAAUGCUUUUGCUCCAACGCUGUGCUUUGCGUAAGGUUCACUUGAUAUAUGCUCAAAAGACGCGUGAUCAGAUUACGAGAGGUAGAAGGUCGAAACGCGCGUGAUCAAAUUGCGUUUUGUACAUUCCAUUCAUUCUUAGUGGAAGUCCAAACGAAUGCUGGUAAUGCUGGCUACACACAUGCGACGCAUGCGUAAUAACAACCUGGAGAUUAGGAUUGCUUUUUCAAGGUUCAGGUUCCAUGUUCAAGUUUAUUUCGCACUAUUCAAGUUGAUACAGUAUAAGAUGGCUUACAGAAUCAGUAGGUUAACAAAUGAUGAAAAAUAAACAUAAUAUACAAGUUUCGUGUAACUUGUGAGUAUAGUUUAUGGAUUGAUAGGAUUUGACUCUGCUACUGAUGAACAGAUGAGCCAAGAGUCAAAGAUGGAUACAAACUCUGAGUCACCAGGGAACAUUGUUAACGAAGUAAACGGCAUUCAAGGAACAAACACCGGAAUAGGGGCAACAGAUUUCAAAGCUAACUCUUCAGUUUCUAUCGAGCACCUUGGUGUUGACAAUACAGGAUAUAAAUGUGAAACAGAAUUGGGUGUUCCUGCGUUACAAACCAACACGACUAAAACAGUUCCCCGAAUUACAUCUGGUGACCUCCAAUCUCCUCUUCCAGUUUCGCCCAAACCUAAGACAGUACGAGCCUGGCUCAAGGAUCCACAUCUGUAUAAGGUGAAUUAGGUUCUUUGGGGUUUUCUUGCUUUAUUUUGUUGGUAUUAGUAAGAUUUUCUGCAUGGAAUGAGUUACUUAUAUAUCCAGUUGUGAUCGAAAAUUUUGUCCUUACUGUUUUGUUUUGCUUUUUUUCACGUAGGUUGCUAUCAUCUUCACGUGUACAAUGUCUGUCAUAAGCCAGGCGUACGCCUACCUUCCAUUGUUUCUUAUCUACAGAGUACAGUUUGGAAAGGUAGGGUAUAUACUAACAAAAAUUAGACACGCAGUGCCACGUCCGCAAAGUCAUUUUCAGGAGCAUGCAUGAAGCAGUUAUUACAAGUUCUGUAAUUAUAUACCGCACCCGUAUUGGACACUAUAGACCAUAUAGAUAACACCUUUAUUCAAAGAAUUGGCCAGAUAUACUCAGACAGUCUCGCUUUGAAUUUCAUUUCAAUUUGGUCAUUUCAAUCUGCUUUUGGUAAUACUUGCAUGUAUUGUAGAUGGGUAGACUACGAGUAGUCCCCAUUUUCCCUCAGGGAUAGUAGAGCGAGCGAAACGCUAGCGUGCGUGAAAAUCCCCGGCG